CACACACUCACACACACACACACACCCCCACACACACACACCCGCUGAGCUGAGGCACCGGCGGUCGCGCAGGACAUGUCCUCCUUCUCGGAAUCGGCGCUGGAGAAGAAGCUGUCGGAGCUGAGCAACUCCCAGCAGAGCGUCCAGACCCUCUCGCUGUGGCUCAUCCACCACAGAAAGCACGCCGGCACCAUCGUGCACGUCUGGCACCGGGAGCUGAGGAAAGCUAAACCCAGUAGGAAGUUGACGUUCAUCUACCUGGCUAAUGAUGUCAUUCAGAACAGUAAGAGGAAAGGUCCUGAAUUCACCAAGGCCUUUGAGGGUGUUCUUGUGGAUGCGUUUUCACAUGUAUCCAGGGAAUCUGAGCAGAGUUGUAAGAAGCAAAUGGAACGAGUACUGAAUAUCUGGCAUGAAAGAAGUGUCUACGAUGGUGAUUUUAUUCAACAGCUUAAGCUAACUGUGGACGAGUCAAACAGUCCAUCUCUAGAAGAUAAUGCCGGUUCUAAAGUCUUGUUCGAUCAACAAUCAUCUUGCCCGUCAUCCAGGGAAAAGCACGGUCAGUCUAAGAAAGGUCGAAAUUCUGAAGUUAUGAAAGGUCACGAAUCGGCAGCAUCUGACUCUUCAUCCAGCACCUCGUCUGAGACUCGAUUUAUAGGUGAAGAAAACCGAGGAGCAAAACGUAGCUAUCCUGUUGAAGAAGAUGAAGAUGACGAUUAUAGGGUCAACUACUCCCCGAUAGAUACUGGCACAGGUCCCCUGUUAACAGAAAACCUGAUUAAAGCUCUCCAAGACCUUGAAAAUGCAGCAUCUGGUGAUGCAACGGUCCGUCAGAAAAUUGCUUCAUUACCUCAGGAAGUACAAGAUGUUUCGCUCUUGGAGAACAUUGCAGAUAAAGCAGCUGCAGAAAGGCUAUCUAAAAUCGUCGAUGAGGCAUGUUUGCUGUUAGCGGAAUACAAUGGGCGGCUGGCAGCGGAGCUGGACGACCGGAGACAAUUAGCGAGAAUGCUGACUGAAUACAUAAGUAGUCAAAAGGAGAUUCUAGGAGAGAAAGAGAAAAAACUAACGGAAUAUAAACAAAAACUUGCUCAAGUAACACAGGUUCGUAAAGAGCUGAAAUCCCAUAUCCAGAAUCUGCCAGACCUUUCGUUGCUUCCAAACGUAACGGGCGGUUUAGCGCCAUUGCCCUCCGCUGGUGACCUUUUCUCAAGUGACUGAUAGCACAUCUGUUCUCAGGAUUCGAACCGCAAUACCUCCACCAGUGUGUGUGUGUGUGUGUGAAGACGUUGGUGACAAGCACCCAGGUUCAGAGCAAAAUCAGCGAGACUAAACUUUUAACACAUCUGUGUGUGAAUUGCAUUGAAGCAGCAGUAAUCCUCUUAUGCGGUCUUACACAGUUUGAAGCAUAUGGAGUAAAGUACUGUUCAAAGCCACUGCUCUGUAGGAUCCUAGAGCAGGAGUGAUCAGGGUGUCAAGUGACAUUAGUUUUGAGGGUCUCAAUCUAAUUGAGCAAUAAGCGUGUAUGAGUCCACAGUACAGAACAUCCCUCAGUUCACCAGGGUUGGGUGCAUGUAUAGAAAUAAAAAUAUACUAGCACUGCAGAGUUGGGUGAGAAAUCUCUCUUGCCGCUAAGUGUAGUAACUUUGAUCAUCUCCACAUGUAACUGGAAUUUCCCAAUGUAUAGAGUGCAUCUUCAAGUUGCUACAAACGGCGGGAGGAAUUUCACCCUAGUACUGUAUCUGAAGUUAGAACAUUGUUAAAGUGCCAGCACUGGUGAUCUGGAAUCCUACCUGCUUUUUGGGUAUGAAAUACGAAAUGGCUAUUUCUCCAAAUUGGUCACCUUUUUCCUUUUUUUAAAGUAAUUAUUUUAACUUGUUUCCCUCAUUAAGGAGGGGAAAUCAAGCUUUCAAAUAGCCAAUAGUGAUUUCAGUUGGAAUAAUUUCACUGUGUAUUUAGUGUUGGUGGCAAUAGACCAGUGGAAACAAGAGGCUUUGCCAUACAGAUACUUGCACCAAUCUGUAGUUGGUGACCUCUCGUACAGCAGAGGGCUUGCGUCGCCAGCGGUGGGAAAACGCCUCUAGACUCUCAUUUAACGUUGGAAGCUUUUGAUCAAUUAAAAAACCAUGUUCUGAUUGAAACUGUUUUAUAGUGCUUUCUGAUUCAUAGUGCAGCAUUAAACUAUAUAUUGCCACCUUCA